CUCAGAGUUUGGAAGGGCAGAAAUCAACCUUUGCAUGUGUUUAUUUGGUGAAGGAAACGAGCUUUUAUAAACUACACCUGAAGAGAGCUGUAUCAGUAUGCUACAGCUAAGGGCAUCAGGCUGGUUUUUCUGGCUCGUUCACUGAUCGUCUGCUGUGCACAUGACAAACCAGCCGAUCAUCUUUCAUAGAGUUAACAAUGAAAAGGAACAGCGUUUAUAAGUUUCUGUCCGUGUUUUCUUGUCUAUUUGUCUGUGUUUUCCUUCUGUUUUGGGGUUUUGUCUUUUAUUCGAUGGUUUUGGCACCAUAACACUCUUUCUGGACACUCUCCUUAAGAGGUUUGUCGGUCAUCUAAAGCGUUUAAGCUGCUGGUAACGUUAUUCUCCUACAUUUUCUCAUUGUUUAUAAAUGCGGGAUAAUAUGACGCUUUAAACAUUUAUCAGAAAAGCGUGUCCUGCUAACAAUGAUCUUCGGUUAACACUAAGCAUUGUUUUAAAAAUGUCAAAAUGUUAAAGAUAAAGCAUUCCAAGGUCGUUACACCCGCGAAAACCCCACCACGUAUUUAAUGCUGUCGAUUUGCGUAUUAUUAAAUAUAUUUUAAGUCAUUUGUAAGCUCUUUUGCGAUACCAAAACAAACAAACUGCGCAUGCGUCUAGAAUGACCGUGGUCACAUGACGUCAACCAGGAAGUGAUUGACUGUGUGUGAAGUAUCAAACAUCAGUCCUGAUGGCAGCUGAACCGACGGCCGCCCCGAAACUGCAGUUUUCCCCGUUCUUCAGUGCCUUGGAGGCUGGAUUCUGGCAUCAACUCACUCAGAAGAAACUCAACGACUACCACUUAGACGAAAGUGCCAAAAACAUCAAAGGCUAUUACUAUAACGGAGAUCCUGAUGGCCUGCCGACACGCUUGACUCUGGAGUUCAGCGCAUUUGAGGCCGAUGGACCCACUCCGGCGCGCUGCUGUCCGGCUCCGGGGACGCUUUACAACACCAACACUCUGGAAGCCUUCAGAUCCACGGAUAAGAAAGCUCUCCUGGAUAAAGCAGCCGGCGAGAUUUGGAGCGCUAUUCAGUCGGGCGCUGCGUUGGAUGACUCCUCAGUCCUAAACAGAUUCAUCCUCUUGACAUUUGCGGAUCUGAAGAAAUAUCAUUUCUAUUAUUGGUUCUGCUUCCCUGCCCUUUGCUUUCUGGAGGGGGUCCAGCUGGUGCAGGAGCCGCUGUCAUUAGAGAAGAGCUUCUCCGAACAACAGAUAAUGAGUUUGACCACGGCGUAUGACAGUCUUUGCUCCUCGAGCGGCGCGACGGCAGUCCCACAUUUCCUGCUGAAGUACACGGAUGAAAGUGUUGAAGUCGCUCCUCUGAAAGACCUGAACUCUUUCUUCCCAGACCUAAAGAAGAUUACUGUGGGUGUAUAUGACCCAUGUACACUUCCUCAACAUCCGGGCUGGCCUCUCAGAAACCUCCUCAUCCUCAUCGCUAAAACAUGGGGUUCGCGUCUGGAUGUUGUGGAGGUUUUGUGCUUCAGAGACCGAACUCUACAAGGGACCCGCUCCGUCCGGCACAGCAUCAUCUUUCGGGUCAGGCUCCCGGACCUCUCGGCGUCUGCAGUGUGUCCAAAGAGCGUGGGUUGGGAGAAGAACCCUAAAGGAGCAAUGGGACCCAGAAGUGUCAAUCUCAGCGAAUGCAUGGACCCUAAAAGGCUGGCUGAGUCUUCUGUGGAUCUGAACCUGAAGCUGAUGCGCUGGAGGCUCGUCCCGUCUCUGGAUCUGGAUAAAGUCGUGUCCACAAAGUGUCUGUUACUGGGAGCUGGAACGCUGGGAUGCAAUGUGGCUCGAACCCUGAUGGGCUGGGGUGUGAGGCACAUCACUUUUGUGGACAACGCAAAGAUCUCCUACUCGAACCCGGUGCGACAGCCGCUGUACGAGUUUGAAGACUGUCUGAGUGGAGGAAAGGCGAAAGCUCUCGCCGCAGUGGACAGACUACAGAAGAUCUUUCCAGGAGUGAACGCAGAGGGCCACAACAUGAGCAUCCCUAUGCCAGGACAUCCCGUGAACUUCUCUGAGCUGACGACGGCUCAAGCUCGGCAUGAUGUGGAGCAGCUGGAGAAGCUUAUCUCUGAGCACGACGUGGUCUUUCUGUUGAUGGACACUCGCGAGAGCCGUUGGCUUCCCACAGUCAUCGCUGCGAGCCAGAGGAAGUUGAUAGUCAACGCUGCUCUGGGAUUCGACACGUUUGUGGUGAUGAGACACGGCCUAAAGAAACCCAAAGAGCCACAGUCUGAGGAGUCCAGCCCCAUGUCUGCUUCUUCCAGCUCCUCGUGUUCCUCAACGCCAGCAUCCACUGUCACUCCAGGAGCAUCUCUAUUCUCCAACAUACCCGGACACCGCCUCGGCUGCUACUUCUGUAAUGAUGUGGUCGCCCCCGGAGAUUCCACCAGAGACAGGACUCUAGACCAGCAGUGUACAGUGAGCCGCCCGGGUCUGGCCAUGAUCGCUGGAGCUCUUGCUGUGGAGCUGAUGGUGUCUGUUCUCCAGCACCCAGAGGGAGGUUACGCAGUUGCCAGUAGCAGCGAUGACCGGAUGAAUGAACCACCAACAUCACUGGGUCUCGUCCCACAUCAGAUUCGAGGAUUCCUGGCAAGAUUUGAUAACGUCCUCCCUGCGAGUUUGGCGUUUGACAAAUGCACCGCAUGCUCAACAGUAGUUCUUGAGAAUUAUGAGCGAGAAGGUUUCCAGUUCCUAGCAAAGGUCUUCAACUCUUCCCACUCGUUCCUGGAGGAUCUGACCGGCUUGACGUUACUCCAUCAGGAGACACAGGCAGCCGAGGUUAGACCUGAUUGUGUGUGUGUAUAUGUGUGUGUGUGUGUGUGUGUGUUCUGGAGGAUCUGCUCGGCUUGACGUUACUCCAUCAGG